CUUUAUGUUAGGAAAUUGAGAAACAACUUGAAGAGUUCUGUUAUCAGUUACGAGAUUGUAUUUAGUUCAAUAAAUAAUCUAAAUGAAAGUGAACGUUUAGUACGCGAUAAGAGUUGCUAUUUUUACUUUUAGCCGGUCAUUUUUUUCCAUGACCUCUACAUCUGUUAAUUUCACCUUGGGGACUCGCCAAAUUAUUCACGUAACAAAUUUUAUUGCCAAUAUCUGCAUUUGUUGCAUUUUAAAAUAAGUUCAAUCGUUAAAUAACAUUCUAAUCUAAUUCCAACAUUUGUGAUAAUAAAAAAUGUCAUUUAAAUCGAUAAGUUUGUGCAAAAAUGCUGUGGAUAUCAUUUCCAAAAGGCCCAGCUCUUGGUGGUCUCACGUUGCCAUGGGUCCUCCGGAUGCGAUUUUGGGAGUAACAGAGGCAUUUAAGAAAGACAACAACCCUAAAAAAAUUAAUUUAGGCGUGGGUGCGUAUCGUGACGACAACGGUAAACCCUACGUCUUACCUUCGAUUCUGAAAGCCGAAGACAAACUGAGAGCUAAAAAUUUAGAUAAAGAGUAUCUCCCGAUUUCGGGCCAAGCGGAUUUUUGCAAACUUAGCAUACAGUUGGCCUUGGGCGACGAUAGCGAGCACGUAGCGAAUGGCUUGAACGUGACGACACAAGGAAUUUCGGGAACAGGAUCGCUUCGUAUUGGUGCUGCAUUUAUAAACGCGUUCUUUCCUGGUCCUAAAGUAGUCUACUUACCUACACCGUCCUGGGGUAAUCACACCCCCAUUUUUAAGCAUUCCGGUGUUGAUGUUAAAAGCUAUGCCUUCUUCGAUCCGAAAACCUGUGGAUUUGAUUUUCAGGGAACAUUAAAUGAUAUUAAUAAAAUGCCAGAGAAAUCUGUUAUACUUCUCCACGCGUGUGCCCACAAUCCGACUGGAGUCGAUCCGAACUUCGAGCAGUGGAAGGAGUUAUCCGCGCUAAUAAAAAAGAAGAAUCUAUUCCCCUUCUUCGAUAUGGCGUAUCAAGGAUUUGCUUCGGGCGAUUGCACUAAAGAUGCGCAAGCUGUACGUUACUUUGUAAAGGAAGGCCACUGCAUAGCGUUGGCUCAAAGUUACGCGAAAAAUAUGGGUCUGUACGGGGAGCGAGCGGGCGCUUUCAGUAUAAUUACCGAUAACAAAGAGGAGGCGGCUAAGGUUAUGUCACAAAUUAAAAUUUUAAUUAGACCCAUGUACUCAAAUCCGCCUCUGCACGGAGCGAGGCUUGUGACCGAAGUUUUAAGUGAUCAAGCAUUACGAAAACAAUGGUUGGGAGAAGUUAAGGGAAUGGCAGAUAGAAUUAUAUCAGUACGAACGAAACUUAGAGAUAAUUUAAAGAAGGAGGGUUCCAGCUUGAAUUGGAGUCACAUUACCGACCAAAUAGGAAUGUUCUGUUUCACGGGAAUGAAGCCAGACCAGGUGGCUCGUAUAACAAAGGACUUCAGCGUUUUCCUGACUAAGGAUGGCAGAAUUUCCAUGGCCGGAGUCACAUCGAAGAACGUCGAAUACCUUGCUCAUGCCAUGCAUGAAGUAACAAAAUGAGUUUAUUUAUUGUAGAUUGCAUGUAUCGAUUUAUUUUUCUAAGUGUCGCGAUUGCACCUUAAAUCAUUUCAAAUGUUACAGUCUUCACAAAUAAAUUCUUUUAUUUUAUAA